CUAUCGACCCGCCUCCAGUCCCAACUAGCAAAAACUAACGCCGCUAAUGGCCACACUUGACAACAAAACGACUCCGAGACGACUUCAAAUGGAACAUAUACACAGACAUAAUUUAUGCUGACUUUAUUAUUAUCUGACGCUCGUCUUUAGUCUGCGAGAAUGUCGCGUUCAUGUUCAUGUCUACUGUACUUGUUGCUAGUAAUAAACGCUCACGUGACAACAGCCGAGGAGAGACCGAGGCGGCGGCUGAAGUUGACCGACUAUGAGGCGAGCCAAGCGGACUCAGCCGCCCACGACGACUCGGUGGCGCUGCGACGCUCUGGGCUGACAGGCACACCUGAGCCGGGGUACCAGGCUGCUGCGUUUAGGGUCCCAACUCUAAGUGGGGAGUUUGUGUACCAGCCUGGAGCAGUAACGAGUGGCUCUGUGGUCAUCCACGCUUUCACCAACAAGUCAGCCUUCCUGGAGUGUCUGUGGAGCACCGAGGCGUCCUUGUCCAGCCUAGUUGAGGACCUGCCGGCCAGUGCGCAGGUGCUCUUUCUGUCCUUGGACGACUCUUCGGUGAGCGAUGCUUUGUGGAUGCGGGAACGAUUACACAACGCCGCCAUGAAGCGCAGUCAAAAGGAGGUUCUGUCCAGGCUUCACUUCUCUCCAGUGCCGGUCUUUGCUCUGGGGAACUGGAUCCCCAGCGUUCUGUACUCCUGGGCCUGCACGGGUCACAACUGCGGCCUGGCCCAGACGGUCUUCACUUCUCAGGGGUGGAAGAUGCCGGUGAUCGUAAAGCGACUAGACGCAAGAUACGACUGGCUCAUGGGACGCUGGGGUCAGUGGUGGUAUCAGCUGAAGGAUGCAGGGGAUGGAUGUGAGCCGUCGCCCUCUGUGGCGGGUUCUGUGGCCUGGUUGUCUGAGGGAAACUGCUCCUUCUUCACUAAGAUCCAAAACAUGGCUAAGUCCAACGCCUCGGGUGUCCUGGUCUUCGCCGAGCCUGGUAACUCCAUCCAGGAAAUGAACUGCGUCGGGGAUGAGUGUUUGUCGCUGCUGGGCCUCCCCGCUUCCAUGGUGCACCUGGAGCCUUCCGUCAUCCAUGCGCUACGGUCUGGCUUGCCGGUCAACGUGUCUUUCCAGACCACGCCCUCCCCAAACUUCUUCAUCGGCAUUGACCAACAGGGGGCGCUGUCCGAGAUGGGCUGGUUCCUGUACCCCACGUUCAGCUUUGUCAACUGGCAGGCGCAGUGGUUUGACUUCUACGCAGAUCUGCAGCUCAAACUUGACUUGCCCGCCACUGUCAUUCCUGUCUUUGACAAAGUCCAAAUGCAAGGGGACAAAGGCGCCGUGGCUGUUGUCAACCUGCCGCCAGACUUGUCGGGCUUUGACACGCUGCUGCUGGACGCGUCCUUGUCGUGUCCCGGCAGGAGGGACUCAUCCUGCCCUCCGUGGGAUCACACGGUGCAGUUGUUUGUGUGCUGCGAUCACCUUGGACCUUACUGCAACGUGGAGCUGGGCCGCUGGAUCACCGCUUUCCGAAGAGGUAUCGGCCGCUGGCAGACGGACGUCUCCCCCCUCAUUCCCGUCCUGGAUGCCAGCAAGUGUACGUUCACCAUGAAGACGGUCCCGUGGGCGAUGCCGUGGAUUGUCUCCCUCAACCUGAGAUUCAGCGCCGCCAACCUCACAAAUCUCUCAGGCAAUCACACAGAGAAGCUCCGCCCCUUCCGGGUGAUGUCACUGUACAGCGGCGGAACUUUCAACAAGACCUACAACAAGAGGUACCUGCCCAUCAAGUUCCCUGUCCCGGCCUCCACCAAGAAGGUGGAGCUGUACGCCGUCAUCACGGGACACGGCAGUGACGAGAAUGGCUGCGGGGAAUUUUGCGUCACUUCCCAUCACUUCCUGUUUAACGGCGUCCACAGCAACUGUCGUACAUUUGACUCUGCGGGAUCGGCGCUGGGCUGCACAGAGCGAGUAAAGGAUGGCGCCGUGCCCAACGAACACGGCACUUGGCUGUACGGGCGAGGAGGCUGGUGCGAUGGACUUCCGGUCGAUCCCUGGAGGGUUAACGUCACAGGACAGUACACAGUGUGUAUUUAAUUUGUCAGUUGGAGCUGAGCGGCUUUGAGUCCAACACAGUGCUCUACUUCGGCUUGUUUGGCGGGAAGGAUCCAGACCCGUCUCAGCAGCCGGGUUACAUCAUCAUGUCCUCUUUUCUCAUCUUCUACAAAUGAUUAAAGUUUGAUUUGUUAUACUGCUUCCUGCUUGUACUUUUUUUUUUCUUUCCAAAGAAGAGGAGAGCAUCUUGCCCUUGCUUUCUCCCAGAGGACAUGAUGCAUUCGGGGUCACGGGAAGGCAACAUGCUUCUUCUGAUGUGUGGCUAAAGUUUCUUUGCUAUUGUUUAGGAGUGACAUUUUCUUGAACUGUUAGCUAUGUCAUAGAUGUGCUGUUUGUCCGGCAGCUGCAGACUUGAAUACAGUCUUUCCUUGUUCAUCACAGUUAAUUGGUUCCAGACACGACGGCGAUAAGUGAAUUUCUGCAUGGAAAACCUGUUUAUGACGUUCUAAAUAUAUUUUUUUACCAUUAUUAUCGCCCUGUAGACAUGAAAUAACACCCCAUAGUCACCUUGACACCUAAUAUUCUUUGUUUACACCACAUUGCUCAGCAGCAAUGCGGAGGCUACGGGAUCGCUGCAGAAACACAAGAGACGGCCAUGGUUUUAACCAUUAGCAAGCUUGUGAGCCAUCUAGUUAGCCUCCAAUUUAUUUACUGUAUUCUAAAAUUAAAGGGUGUGAAACUGAGUGGGGAAAAUGAACAAAGAAGCCCAAAAGUUAAAAUCACACCGAAUGGGAGAACUUCUUUUCAGUUGAUCAUGUCGGACAUGCCAUGCGGGUAAUUGGUUCCAGACGCGACAGCGAUAAAUCAUUUUUUGCAAAGUAGGAUUCAGUAUUAAAUGUAACAUUUUCCUAGUUCAGCAUAGAAAACCUGUUAAUGACUUUCUAAAUACAUUUUUUAACCAUUAUUAGAGCCCUGUUGACAUGAAAUAACACUCCUAUAAGUCAUGUGUGCACUCCUAUUAUUCUUUGUUUUCACCACAUUACGCAGGCGAUGGGCUCACUGCAGGGACACGAGACGGCCAUGGCAACUGUAAAAUCCAUGCUCUUUUCCAAUAUAAUAUCGUUUCUGUUUCUCUUCUCCUGUAAUAACUUACUGGAACAGUCGUAAAUAACUUGUGUUGGGAAAAAAUCUGGUCUCUUCCUCAAAAACUUUUUGUGGUCAACAAAGUGAAAGAAGUGUCAUUUAAAAUGAUCCACCGAUGUUAUGCAGUUAAAUCCUUCUUUAUCAAAUUCAAGUAUGAUGAUUUAGAUCUGAAAUGUGCUUUUUGUGACUCCCAUACGGAGACUGUUCAUCUGUUUUGGAAAUGUGAAUAUACCCGUAAACUGUGGCAAGAUGUUUGUAGAUUUAUUGUAGAUCAUAUCUGCUGGGAUUUUGAGCUCGUCCUGCAAAAUGCCCUUUUUGGCUUUGUAAAGAAUGAUGCUCCAGCUGACAAAGAAUAUUUUUUAAUUAAUCUCAUUUUAAUUCUUGCAAAAUUCUACAUCCACAAAUGUAAAUUUGCCAAAGUGAAACCCCUUUUUUUAUGUUUUCAUGAAAGAACUGAAGCUGUACCUCAAAUCAAUAUCCUCUGUUAAUAACAACAAAGCUAUCAAGACUAUAAAUCUGUGCUCCCACUUCAAUAUCCUUAAUUCAGUUUAAUUUUCAUUGCUCAUGUCCCCUGGUGUAUCUUACUUUAAUUACUAUUAUUAUUAUUAUUAUCUUUAUUUUUUUUAAUUGUUUUAAAAAUGUAUUUAUUUAUAACUUUUCUGUUACGUUUUUAUUUCUUUAAUCUCGAUUUCUGUAUGAUUUAUGUGUUUUUGUUAUCCAAAUGUUAUUUGUUAAUGCCCAUGGUUUGCUGCAUUGUUAAUGUAAUUUGUAAGGUAUUAAUAAAGUUGAUUGGGGAAAAAAACGAGACGGCCAUGGCUCACUGAACUCUAUACUACUGGAAGGGGCGUCCCUGCUGACCGCAUGAAGCCAUUGGUCGGCCAUCUUGCUUCACCCAAAAAAGCACACACGCUUACACAUACAUGUAUCUUCAUUCACUACAUUUAUUAUGGUUCGGUAUAAAAAAUAACACGAAUUAACAAAAAUUCCAUUGAAACAGAGUAAAUUUACUAGACCCAAAUCUCAAAAUUUCCCUCCAGUUUAAGGUUUUCCCUACCUCUAUGGUGUGAAAUUACAAUGCAUAACAAGUCAAUUUCAGUGUUCACAAGGUAUUUGUUACGAUAAGGAUCUACGUAGUAUCAAAGUUAAAUGCUAGCAUACCUUUAGAAGAUGAUCAGGAAAGUCAAAUAUUGUUGGAACUGCAUUUUGUCGUAAUCUAACAGUCUGGCCGGUCCUGUCCAAGUUCUCCUCGGUGAAAUGACUUGAACAGAGUUGCGAUCUGGCUGCAGGAAUCCACCUGUCUCUCCUCAUAUUUACUACCCAUUGCUUUAGAAGUUGAACAUUGCAGUGUGGAAAUCUAAAGGAGAAUAAGGGCUCAUUUACAACUACUUAGAUGAAAAGAUGCUUACAGAUUUAAAGUAUCUAUUUUUAACUAUUUUUUAUUAUUUAUAAGCAUUUACCUACCUGUGAAAUAUAAGUCCCUUCUCGCGAUUUUCACGAGUAUCACGAUUUGUGCAAUUAAUAGCAGCACAAGACGGCAUCUCGAACUCCUCUUAGUUGUUAGGCUUUCUUGUUUUGGGUGAAACAACAUGGCGACUUCUAUACUUCCGGUGGCUUCAAGCCUCCAAUGCGCAGCAAGCGAUCGGGGCCAUUCCAGUAGUAGAGUUCAGUGCCAUGGCUGCAUAGCAUGUCGGCGAGCUAACUAGUUAGCCAACAAUCUAUUUAUUAUAAACUUAAGAAAGGGUUUCAAACGGAGCGGGGGAGAAAGACAAAGUAAGAAGCCCAAAACUUACUACUUCCACAAGGAAUAGGAGAAGUUCUUUUCACUCAUUCACAAUCAUGUCGGAUGUGCCAUGGCUGGCUACAGUCACUGAUCUGUAUGAUAUAUCUGGAUAGCUCAUACGUCGCACCCGCCCGUGCAAGCCGCUGAAGCCAAAGAGACGCCAUCUUACUACUCACAUCGCGACUACAUUGGCACAGCGUACAUAGUGUACAAAGCAGAUGAAGAGGCUAGCAGAACAUCUAUAUUUGACAUUAAAAAGCGGGGAGAUUCUCCCAUUCCUUCAAGUAACGCAACCUUCGCCCCUUAAAAACCAUUUGAUACGUUAUUCUCUAUCUUUUGGCUAUAUUAAAUGUACUUUUUCCCCUUCCAAUUCUCAUUGCCUUUGGGACAAAAUUCUACUGUGCACCCUGGCUCAGCACUCCCCUAUAGCAAUGAUAGUUUUACUCCUCUAGUAAAAGAGGAGGAGGAGGAGUACCCCCCCUUCCCUCCCUCCCCACCACUACAAUUAGAUAACGUUGCAUCAACUUGUGAUGAAUAUAAAUUUGUUUUCAGUGUUUUUUUGUAACCAUAAUCCCAAAAAGCACAAAAUAUACAAACAAAAUCUGCUUGAUUUGCACGUUAAACUCAAGUGCAGCGAUUGGCACCUUGCUAGAUCCCGUUUCAAACGACCCUCACGAUAUCGUGCUUUUUAAAAAAAUAAUUAAUAAAUGAUGAUGGCUGUGUCGUGGUUGAACAUGGCCUGUUAGUAAGAAAAAAAUAUUUAAGCAAAUUCUACUUAUUCUUGGUUUAAAUUAAUCAAGUGUAAAAAUGGCAGACUAAA